GUUUCUGGGGGGAAACAUUUCCACACGGAACCACUUCUUGGCUCGCACAGCUAGCUUGGAUUAUAUCGAAGGUUUUCUGAGAGGAAAAGAUAGUGGAAAUAAACGAUUAAUUUGCUGAAAUGUCUGUAUUAAUCUCAGGACCGACGUCGCUCACACUGUAGUAUGUUAUAGCUGUAUUUAUCGCUGUCUAAAUGGCUGCACAUUACUGCGCCAUUUGUAGACAAACAACAUUUAACGGGAAGAGUCACAUCUUCGGGAAAAACCACCAAAGCAGACUCAGAGUGGUCCUCUUGAGGUUUCUAGAGAAGGUGAGCUUUGGGAAUCUUGUGGAAACAUUUGCUGAAGUUCGAGUAAAAAAAAUCAUCUCCAGAAAAAUAACCAAAACAACAGUCCUUUCUUACUAGACUGCAUUUAUUGGCUGUAAUAAUAGUGUGAUAUCAUGUCCUGUAUUUGUUGAAUUCUCUGUCUCGUAGGUGAAAGAAGCUCGCCGAACACUGAAGAAACCUCAAGUUGAGAAGUUUGACUGCGCUCAGCACAAGCAGACAUUCUGGUGUUACUGCUGCGAGCUUGAAGUUGAGAGAAAUGUCACAGACGGAAACAUGACUGUGCUGCACGGGGGUUUGUUGGAACACAUGGCCACGUAAGUUUUAGUAAAUAAACAUUCAACUAUUUUAUUUAUUUUAACUGUAACGCCAUUACAAAAAAAGAAAAAGAAAAAAAAUGUCCUUUGAGAAAUGAAAAAUAUUGAAGCAUUAGUGUGCAUGUACCUCAAUAAAGUCUGUAAUUUGUGAAACUCUUUGACCUGAGAGGGUUAUUGCAAAAGUACAGCAAAUCUAAAUUUUUAUGGACAAACUGAACAAGGUAUUUCAAGCUGUUUAUGUCUGCUUGUGUCUGUCUGUGAUGUUUUUGCUUUUAAUUGCCUCAAAAUUGUAUUUAUGACUUUCUUCUCUUUGCAUUGUGCUGUGUCUUUGAGUUUCUAUGAAAAGCAUUUUACAAAUAAAAUGUAGUAUUAUUAUUAUUACUAUUUUUAGUAUUUCCUUACUGAGACCAGCUGCCCUUUGUUGACAUUCUUUUACCAACUUCAUCAGCAUUAAUAUAUCCGGAUCAUUGAAGGUUACAAAAAAAAAAGGUCAAUCCUGGGAGCAUGUUUGGGAUAUUGUCCCUUUUUUUAACAACUUUUUCUUUAGACUUAGCCUUUAUUAAGACAGUCAGUUUUCACCAUGGAAACUUAAACAAGAUAGCAGGAGCAGAAAAAAAUUAAAGACAGCCAUUAAGUCAAAACACUGAUGAAGAAGACCAUAAAUGUGCUAUGUAUAUACACAGGAAACUCAGACAGUUAUAUUUCUCGUCUUAAAUUACAGAUUUUAUUUAUUUAAUUACUUAAUUAAUUUUUUAAAAUGUAUUUAUUUAUUUUGUUUCUGCUCGUACUACAAUUUAGACCCAUGUUUCCCAUUGUAAAGAAUAUAAAUUUGUCAAUUAUCUUGGGACUUAAGAAUUUUAAGACCUUUUUUUUGUUCAUGAGUUGUAAAGGACCACUCUGGUGUUGACAAAAUGUUCCCUUUUCUGUGUUUCAUUUGAUUUUAGUGAAGAACACAAAAAGAAUACUCAUAAGUUCUGGUGGGACAAUAAGGCCGAUCCAAAACUAAGAGAGAAGUUCAUAGUUGCAGAGGAGGAAACUGAAAAGUAAGCAUGGCAAGCAAAAGUAUAUUUUGUUCAGUUUGUUGAAAUUAGGUGAUGUUAAUGCCAUGUUUUUGUUUUUGGUUCAGGUUCAAGACUGAGGUUGCAAACUCAUUGGAAUCAUUUGUGGAAAAUGAGGAUGAAUUCAUAAAACAGGUAACUAAAAAUGACUCUUUUCAAGAUAUAUACUCGACUUGACACAUCGUACCACAGUCUCCCACCAGGUUUUCAACUAUCUUAAAAAGUUCCAAGCAGAGCUGUGUUUUAAGCUCUACGGAACAUGAAUAUAUGGGUUAAAAAAAAUUAUUGGUAAUCUUUUCGACAGAUUUUCAGACAUCUCACUCACAAAGGAAGGUUGGCUCUAGAGCAACAGUCAGAUGCUUUAUUUUAAAGUCUGUGGAGGAACUGUCUGAGUAUCAUGGACUGGUGUACAUAACUUUAAACCUGAUCCAAACACUAAAACAUUUUGUAGGGCAAUUACAAAAAAACAGACUUGAAAACUGAUGUUUUCUGUUUGUAUUUUCAUGGCUACAGCAGGCGGAUCACAUCCGAGCUCAAGAGACACAUCGUCAAGAGGUCCUUCAGUCUCUUUUAGAGGUUUGUUAUCCAAGGAUGCAGUGGCAGUAUCCAUCAGUGUGGCUACACUGUUGUUUUCCAUGAGUUUGAGUUUCAUGUAAGAUGAGAAAAUCACAUUUUUAGGACAAAUGUGUCUAACUGCCAAAAUAGAGAACCAAGGGUCCUGUGUGGAGAUCAUGUUUAAAUCUGAAAAUAGUUGUGGCUCAUGCAAACAUGCAUUUUGUGGUGACAGAGAUGUAAGAGCAAUUUUCCUCAUCAAGUCACAUUUCAGAUAACAGGCCAAGAUGAAAAUGCUUACGUUUGGUUUGGAUACAAAAACUGGAGGGAUAAAACAGAUUAUGAUGAUAAAAGCUUAGAUGUAGCACUUGGUUAGUGAUCAGACUUCCUCUGUGAACCACUGUUGGCUUUUCCUGAAUCAAUAUCAGCGUGAUGCAGAGCCAGAGUUCUUCAACGGAUUCAAUGGUGCAGACAUGUCUGCGGAUGAUCCUGCCAGGUAAAACUGUCCACCCUUGCUUUUUUCUUUUCGCGUUAUCUAAUUUAUGGCAUUUGAUCUGACUCGUCUUGUUUUUUGGCUCCUUUUGCUGUCUUGGAACAGCUCUCAGUUUACAUCUCAAGGAUCAGAGCAGCAGGCAGGGAGCAGCUCAGUGGAGUCAACGGUGGAAGUACCGCGAGCUGCAGCAGGACAAGGCCUGACUUUUAUAGGGUAUCAGGUAGAUGAACAAACCAUAUAAAGAAAGCUUAAUUACAAGUUACUCCCUGUAUAUGUACACAAAUGCAUUCACAGCACGUCAUCUCUUGUGUUCUACGUUCCAGGAUUCCUCAAACAGCGGAAAUAUUCAUACAGGUACAGAGAUAUGUGAAGUUACUUAAUCCUGAAGAAAGCAUUAACGGUGGGAGGUGGUGCUUGAACUUUGAUUUCAUUUAACUAUUAUGGAUAAAGUUUUUAACUCUUUCAGAUUAUUAUCACUUUAGGGACGCACAACAUGAUCUUUGCUUCAAUAUAGCCACAAUUUCAAAGCUUGCUGUCAUUGCAUGUGCAUAAUUAAUGUGUCAGCUUUUUCAGCUGGACUUACCUGCUGAUACGAAGAAUGAUUUUUUUAAAUUUUUUACCUGCUAGUACAAAUUUUAUGCUGAUAAUACUGUGCACACUUAAAUAUUGUCCUUGUAAAUAUACAUAAUAUAUAUUUAUAUAUAUAUCAACUCUUUGUUUAUCUUAGCAGCUGACAGCGUUCAGUAAUUUAUUUAUCACAUAAUUUUUUAUACUCCAUGUAAGCCCCUAACUUCUUCUGCAAUAUAACUUUCUGAUGGAGUUCUUAUGAUCGUUUGGAGCUUCAUUAAAGGUGAGAUUGAUGAGGCAAUGUUAUGUUGGCACUGUUUGUCACAGGUGCUGUCCCUCCUUGGCUUCAGGAUGAUCCUCUGGAGGGAACCUCUGGGGCCGCAGCACAGUCAGAGAUUGGCCCGUCACUUCAAGGGUUCCUCAAACACAGUGAGAAACACACAGACCUUUUUUAAAGUUUCAUGUCAUGUAAGCUAGUUGCAAGCUUUACGGAUCAUUUUAGCAAAAAAUAUUUCAUUCUUCUUGAAAAUUUUUUGCAAAGUCACUGUAGGAGCAGGUAGGAAUCAGGACAUUCUUGCAUCAACAACAUAUUGAUCUGAUCCUACUUUCUCUCACUGCAAAACACAUGUCUCUUACAGAAUAGUGUAGUAUAAUGAUUUUUUCCUCAUUUGUGUUUGUGUUUUUCCAGAGGAACAAGAGAAGCUGAGGAAGCUUCCACCAAACAGAGUUGGAGCAAACUUUGAUCACAGCUCGCAGACAGACGCCAACUGGCUGCCCUCCUUUGGCAGAGUGUGGAACAGCGGCAGACGCUGGCAGUCUAGGUGAGAUCACAAACCCUUUGCAUCAAACCAUGCACUCGUAUAGAGCCCUUUCGAGCCACAAUUGUGUUUAGGUCUGUCCUUGUAUUUAAAUACUCAUGAAUGAGACUUAGUUUGAUAACUUCAGUGUUUUUGUUUCAGAAUAUUUUAUCUUUAGAUGCAAUCAUUCCGAUGAUUUUUGCUUUUUUCUGUGUUUAUUUUGCUUCAUUAAAUAAAACACAAACACUGCAGCUUCCUACUUUACAACUGCAUGAUUGAAAAAAUGCGUAAAUGUGUGAUUUUCUUUGCAACAAGAUAAUGACUUCUACCUUAGGGGCAAAGCUAUCUAGGUUGAAAUACAUUUGUUUUCAUUUGAAAUAAAGUGAGCCAGGGUUGUCUUAUAGCUUUUCCUCUUUUGUCCCUUGUAAUCACUCACAGACUGUCGCCUUUACCAUAUAUUUCUUUGUCAACAGGCACCAAUUCAGACAAGAGGAGGGGCAGAAGAAGAGACAGAAGAGGAAGAGAGAGCACGGUGCAGAAGUGUCAAAGAAGGCCAAAUCUCUAGAACAGUUGACCAAUCCUGACACUUAAAACUGUACGAGAAUUCACAAGUGGAAGAUGUACAUAAGUUUUUGGGUUUUUUUGUACUAAACUUUUUGGGAAGCUUUAUUGGUUCAAAUGCUCAUUUUCAUUUCACACCCUGCUGUUGUGCAAACUCUUGUGUGUGCCAGUGGAAAAGUACAUUAAGCUUUCUUUUUUAAAUUCAUGUAAAGUUUCCUUGGAAAAGGAACAUUAAAAGAUGUUUGUAGAUGUCGCUUUUUGCUACUCCAACAAAGUGUUUCAGUGACCCAACAACACCUCACUAAAUACAAAAUUUUAACCAUUUUUGAGAAAACUUAAUUUAAUUUUAGGAGGGGGAAAUAAAUAUCCUUGUUAAAUAUCCCUGUUUUUACAGCAGUUCCAGGAUUUGGGUCACCAAGCUACUGAUCGCACUCCUGCUUUUUCGGUUGUGAGGAAAACUUGACUAGUCUCAAAAGCAAACAGCAGGGGGCGCAGGCGACCCAACCGAGGAAGAAAGACCCCUUGACACAAAGGCCAUCUGUUGAUGCCAACAUUUAGACAACAAAAUGGUAAAAACAAAAAAGAUUGAUACUACUUCUUAAGGAUUUGUGACAUGAAGAUUUAUCAACAAUAUGUUCAGUAGCUGUCUGUGUGUAAAUCAACUUCAGAUACUAACACAGAUGUUCAGUGAACCUGCACAAUAAACAAGAGCUCCCAUUUCCCUUUUCCAUGUCACACAAUGAAUCAGUGGAAAUGUUUGUCACAUUGAGAUAAAACACGAUUAAGGAUGUCAAAAAUAACCACAAAUGGGGGGAAAAGGGCACUGGUAUUUAUAUAUUGCCCUGAUGGACUCCACAUCUGAGACUAAGUACUCAUAAAAAAAUGAGUCCUUAACCUUUUUCAUGGAAAGACAGAAGCUAGAUUGUGUUGUAUAGUUGUAUAAGUCAUACAGCACCUAUAACACAAAGCAUAAGACCUGAAGAGUUUCAGCACACAACUUUUAUCAGCAGACAUGCUUAACUGCUGCUGCUGAUUAGAAUUAAUGUAACAUCUGACAUGAUUUUGAUAAUACAACAUAUGGUGCAGGAAUGUCUAAAUAUCACGAUGACUAACAUUUUGAUGGUUGGUGUCUCUUAUGUGUCUCUUUUGGGUGCCUGAAAUAAUGCAGCAGAAAAAGUAAAUGCGACAUCCGUGCAUUCCACGCCCAGGGCAUUCACUAGGCCUCUGUUUUAUCUGUUCAGCCUCAUCCUCCCCACUUCACUGUAUAAUCCGGCCCCAGUGAGCCCUUGGUUGAUGGGCGUGGAGCUCAGUACAGCUGCAAGGCAAUACGGGGAUACAACGUGUGUCUGAUCUAUUCUUAGCUCUGUGACAACAUGGCAAAAGCUGAUUCAGUGCAAACGGAAGAAAAUUAAUGUUUCCUACUUUUGUAGUCAAAUGCGAGUCUGACUGAUACUGUAAACAUUAAACUUAUAAUCAAUGUUUUGCCAGUGUUAUAAAAGAACAAUGUCGUUUUGUUUUGUUUUAUUUUAGGAUAACGAUAUGAUGAUCUUUUCAUUUUAUUUAUGAACAACCGGAGCCUCUGUACAUCGGCCAUCCAUUGCACCAAAGAAUGGGAGGGGAGAAAAAGCACGUGUAUUGGGCGUUACUAUGGCUAAUCCGCUGUCCAAUCACAGGGUUCAAUUUUGAAUAAAUCUGCAUGUUUAAAAUAAAA